ACUAUGAAUUAUUGACAAAGUUGAAUUGUCGUUCUGAUAAAUGUUUGAAACAAUAUUCGUUCAUAUUAAUAAUUUUAAAAGCAGUCGAGCAAUUUGUAAAAAAAAUUUUAACAGUUCUUCUAUGUUUUAUAUUUAUUUAUAAAUAAUGCAUUCAAGUUUCAUAAUUUUUAUAAGUUUCUUCAUUGUGAGUUCUGUUGCAGAAAUUGAUGUGGAUACUAAUUCCUUUUUAAUUUUCCGUCAACCACCAUUUGAAACUCAGAAAAACCAUAUAAAGUUUCGUUUUAAAACUAUAGAUGCUUCUGGCUUGAUUUUUUUAGCUCAAGGAGCAACUAAAAAAAAUUUUCUAUCACUUGAACUUUUCAGAGGAAAAAUAAGAGUUGCAGGAAACUAUGGUGAUGGACCAGAAAAUACUUUACGUCCAAUUUCUGGUUUCUAUGAAAUGUUUCUUGGAAAAGAUUUAGCUGACAAUCAAUGGCACACAGUUGAAUUCAUUAGAAAUAUUAGAGAAAAUAUAAUAUUUAUUGAUCGUGGACAAGGAAAGAUGGAGAAAUCUAUAUUUAUGAAAUCUCCUCCAACUUACAAUCAGUUAUCUGUUUCAUCUGUUGCAUUUGGAGGGUAUUACACCUUCCUAGAUAUGAGUACCGAAAUGUCUCAUGCUAGAAAAGGGCUAAAGGCAUGUUUCAGCGAAGCAUCAUUUAGUCAAUAUUGGCCAGAAAUCGACAGCAAAAAAAUUAAUUUUUUGGAUACUAAUCCUAGUAUUGAAACUAAAGGGGUAAUAAAUAGAAUUUGUCAAGAUCCACCCUACUCUCCAAUUUUUUUCCCAUCUGCUGCUACUCAUAUAGGGUUUAUUGAAAACUACACUAUUAAUUCUAUGAAAGUUGAAUUGAAAUUUAGAACAGUUAUUAAUGAACAAAUCUUAGUAAAUUAUACGACAAGCGGCAGUGGACACGUAAUUGAAUUAAAAAUUGACAGAAAAGGCCGUGUUGCAAUAGCAGUUGAGUUUAGUUCAGCUAAACAAAUAAUUGUAACUGCAAAAGAAGAUUAUCACGAUGGACAGUGGCACCAAGCUUCUUUUGAAAUAGAUAAUAAAGAAGCGACAGAUAAAUCAUAUAUUUUAAAAUUAUCUGUUGACGGAAAAACAAGACUUUCUUCUUUAAGUCAAUCAUUUUAUUUUAAUGGUUACUUAAACGUUGGGUUUGGAUUUACAGGAUGCAUGAGAGAUAUUAAAAUAAAUGACGAUGAUGUAAAAAAGGUUCGCCGAGACUGGAAUGAUCCGAAAAUGUUUUUUACAUAUGAUGACACCGGAGUGGUAUAUGAUUCUUGUAGCUUAAAAGACUAUUGCAAUCCAAAUCCUUGUCAACAUGGUUCAAAAUGCAAUCAGACUGCAGAUAAUUUAGUUUGUGACUGUCAUAAUACACUUUAUGAAGGUUCAACUUGUAACAGGCCUCGUUUUAAUUAUACCUGUGCUGGUGUGAGGAAAUCUGGAGAGAGAAGAAGUGAUGUUUAUUAUAUUGAUUUUGAUGGAAUGGGUCCAAUGGAACCUGUGCCUGCUUUGUGUGACCUUGGUAAAACAGUUGAAACAACUGUUACACAAAUAAAUAAUACAAAUUAUAAUGAUAAAGAUGUGACAACUCCUUCUGGAAUCAACAAUUUUGAUAUUGAUUAUGCAGCUAAUAUCAUUCAGAUGAGAGAACUGAUUUUAAACAGUGCUUAUUGUGAGCAAUAUGUUAAGUACACUUGUAAGGGCACACCUUUAUUUAGAUCACCAGAAGGACCACCUGCUGCCAGUUGGAUGGGAGGUGAUGAUAUUCUUCAUUAUUAUUGGGGAGGUGCCAAGGGUAACCGUGGUUAUUGUGGUUGUGGCAUGGAUGGAAGCUGUUAUAAUAUUGGCAAAUAUUGCAAUUGUGAUUCUUUAGACGCUUAUAAAGAUUUAUUUGAUGAAGGAAAUUUAACUGUUAAAAGUCAUCUACCUGUUCGUCAAGUAAAGUUUGAACAAGUAUUACAAGGUAAUUCUAUUCAUGCACUACUUCGUGUGGGACAUCUAAGAUGUGCUGGGUUUGGUUCUAGAGAAAUAGUUGCAACAUUCCGCAAGCCAUACUCUUUUUUGUCAGUUGAUCAUCCCGAUCAACCAUAUGAUAAUAUUUUUUCUGGGGGAAUUUCUUUUGAAUUUAAAACUUCUGUGGCUUAUAAUUACAUGACAUUGGUACAUGCUCAUGGACCUUUUUCUGGAGAUUAUAUGAAAGUUAUGAUCUGGUCCCGAACAAUGGUACGUGUUAACAUGAAUUUCGGUUUUGGUGAUAUUCAACAAGAUGUAGAUAUUGAAAAAAUAGGGAGGUAUAUUGAUGACAAUGAAUGGCAUGAGUUUGAUUUGGUGUUCAACUUAAAAGAGUUAAAUAUAACAUUGGAUGGUGUUUUAAUGAUCCAAGGUUUACCAUUGCAAGAAGAUCCUGUGCAAUUUAAUGUUGAUGACAAAGCUGUAUAUGUUGGUGGAAGCUAUCAUGAUGAAUAUGGCUUUGUUGGAUGUAUUCGAAGUUUGUAUGUCAAUGGAAGAAUCCACGAUAUUCGCAGCAUUGCUCAGGGUCAAGAAGAUUACGGUGUUUAUCCUGGUUGUGGAUCAGCAUGUAUGCUACUGAACCAACCUUGUAACUAUGGUCAGUGCAUUGAUCAUUAUGAUUCUUUUAAAUGCAACUGCUCAGUCUCGCCAUAUGGAGGAGAUUUUUGCCAAAAUGAAUCUUACCCAAAGAGUUUUACAAGUGGUCAAUAUAUUUCCUAUGACCUUAAAAAGGCUAAUAUAACAGACCCGAUUGCUACAGCAGUUUUUGUAGUUGGGUUUAAAACUCUUGAAGAGAAUUCAGCUUUAGCUACUCUUGAAGGAUAUAAUGAUCGUCACUUCACACUUGCCCUAACUAACGGUUACUUGACUUUGUUUUACUCAUUAAAGAAAAAAUUGCGAAACAGUGUAAAUGUGUUGACAGAUUUUGAAACAGAAAUGCUUCAAAUUUCAUCAAGAAAAUUCAAUAAUGGCGAGCACAAUUUGGCCCGCGUUAUUAUUUCAACGGACGAAAUAUUUUUAACUGUCCCUAAUUAUGAUUUAGUUGUUGGUGCUAAUAUGACUGAGCGAUUUAAAGACGAAAUGAAUAAAAAUCUCGGUACAGAAAUUGAUACAUUUGGUAUGGCAGCCACAUUUUCAGUAGGACGAAUUAUAAAUAAUGGUAUAAAUACACGCAGUUUUACAUUAGCUAGUUUCUUUACUGGCUGCAUGAGUGGCGCAAAACUAGUUCUUACACCUCUUCCUAACAUUACUCAUCGUUUUCCAAAAUCAGUUGAAAUAGACUUGUUCAAGCUUUUACAAGUUAAAACAAAUGAUCCAGAUGCAAAUCCUUAUGGCACUUUUCCAAGUGAAACUGCUAACUGCGGUCCCUCGCUUUCUAUCCCGGGCGACCUUCCAACUGUUGGUCCUGCUCGACAGUAUAAUACAGAUUCGCCUGGACUCGAUAAUUCUAUCAAAUUAUUGCCUGUUGGUAUUUGGAGUCGAGUUGUUAUUGUAGCAAUUUCGUUUAUCUUUGCUGUAAUAUUUAUUGGAGUAUUUUUUUACGUCUGCUCAUACACCCUUCGUAUGAAUUCGAUGUACAAUAAAGCAAAAAACGAAAAAAGUUUAACAACUUCAGAGAAAUCCAGUAGGUUCCCUACUAAUCAAGAAAACAUAUUAGUAAAAUCAAAUUUUGAAAGUGAUUUUUUAUAGAAUAUUUUUUCUGAAUGAUUAUUUUUAAACAAA